CCCCAUACCCUGGGCGCGGAGCACAAGGAUUGGCCACUCCUCCUUGUACUGCUCUUUUCCUCUUAUUUCAGUUUUCUUCGAGAACAAAUCUGGUUUGUAGAUGUGCUUGGGGGAGAAUGGGGACCUCUUCUCCAAGAAGCCCGGAGCCUGUUGGGCCGCCGGCGCCCCGUCUCCUCUUCUGCUGCGGAGGAUCCCUGCUGGCGGUUUUGGUGCUGCUCGCGCUGCCGGUGGCCUGGGGUCAAUGCAAUGCCCCGGAACGGCUUCCAUUUGCCAGGCCUACCAACCUAUUUGAUGCAUCUGAGUUUCCCGUUGGGACACAUCUGAAGUAUGAAUGCCGCCCUGGUUAUUAUGGAAGACCGUUUUCUAUCAUCUGCCUAAAAAACUCAGUCUGGACAAGUGCUAAGGAGAAGUGCACACGUAAAUCAUGUCGUAAUCCUAAAGAUCCUGUGAAUGGCAUGGUUCAUGUGAUCAAAGACAUCCAGUUCGGAUCCCAAAUUAAUUAUUCUUGUACUAAAGGACACCGACUCAUUGGUUCCUCUUCGGCCACAUGCAUCAUCUCAGGCGAUACUGUCAUUUGGGAUAAUGAAACACCUAUUUGUGAGAAAAUUUCUUGUGGACUACCACCCACCAUAGACAACGGAGAUUUCUUUAGUGCCAACAAAGAGUAUUUUCACUAUGGAUCUGUGGUGACCUAUCACUGCAAUCUUGGAAGCGGAGGGAGAGAGGUGUUUGAGCUCGUGGGUGAGCCCUCCAUAUACUGCACCAGCAAUGAAGAUCAAGUGGGCAUCUGGAGUGGCCCGGCCCCUCAGUGCAUUAUACCUAACAAAUGCACGCCUCCAAAUGUGGAAAAUGGAAUAUUGGUAUCUGUCAACAGAAGCUUAUUUUCCUUAAAUGAAGUUGUGGAUAACAAGUGCUCUGGAACUGUCCUUUCCACAGUGUGUCAGCCGCCUCCAGAAAUCCUGCAUGGUGAGCAUACCCCAAGCCAUCAGGACAACUUUUCACCCGGGCAGGAAGUGUUCUACAGCUGUGAGCCCGGCUAUGACCUCAGAGGGGCUGCAUCUCUGCACUGCACGCCCCAGGGAGACUGGAGUCCUGAAGCCCCCAGAUGUGCAGUGAAAUCCUGUGAUGACUUCUUGGGUCAACUCCCUCAUGGCCGUGUGCUAUUUCCACUUAAUCUCCAGCUUGGGGCAAAGGUGUCCUUUGUCUGUGAUGAAGGGUUUCGCUUAAAGGGCAGCUCCGUUAGUCAUUGUGUCUUGGUUGGAAUGAGAAGCCUUUGGAAUAACAGUGUUCCUGUGUGUGAACAUAUCUUUUGUCCAAAUCCUCCAGCUAUCCUUAAUGGGAGACACACCGGAACUCUCCUUGGAGAUAUUCCCUAUGGAAAAGAAAUAUCUUACACAUGUGACCCCCACCCAGACAGAGGGAUGACCUUCAACCUCAUUGGGGAGAAAACUAUCCGCUGCACAAGUGACCCUCAAGGGAAUGGGGUUUGGAGCAGCCCCGCCCCUCACUGUGAACUUUCUGUUCGUGCUGGUCACUGUAAAGCCCCAGAGCAGUUUCCAUUUGCCAGGCCCACAAUCCCAAUUAAUGACUUUGAGUUUCCAGUCGGGACAUCUUUGAAUUAUGAAUGCCGUCCUGGGUAUUUUGGGAGAAUGUUCUCUAUCUCCUGCCUAGAAAACUUGGUCUGGUCAAGUGUUGAAGACAACUGUAGACGAAAAUCAUGUGGAACUCCUCCAGAACCCUUCAAUGGAAUGGUGCAUAUAAACACAGAUACCCAGUUUGGAUCAACAGUUAAUUAUUCUUGUAAUAAAGGGUUUCGACUCAUUGGUUCCACAUCUACUACUUGUCUCGUCUCAGGCAAUAAUGUCAUGUGGGAUAAGGAGGCACCUAUUUGUGAGAUCAUAUCUUGCAAGCCACCUCCAACCAUAUCCAAUGGAGACUUCUACAGCAACAACAGAAUAUCUUUUCACAGUGGAACAGUGGUAACUUACCAGUGCCACACUGGACCAGAUGGAGAACAGCUGUUUGAGCUCGUGGGAGAACGGUCAAUAUAUUGCACCAGCAAAGAUGAUCAAGUUGGUGUUUGGAGCAGCCCUCCCCCUCGAUGUAUUUCUACUAAUAAAUGCACAGCUCCAGAAGUUGAAAACGGAAUUAGAGUACCAGGAAAUAAGAGUUUCUUUUCCCUCAAUGAGAUCGUGAGAUUUAGAUGUCAGCCCGGCUUUGUCAUGGUAGGGUCCCACACUGUGCAGUGCCAGACCAACAACAGAUGGGGGCCCAAGCUGCCACACUGCUCCAGGGUGUGUCAGCCACCUCCAGAAAUCCUGCAUGGUGAGCAUACUCCAAGUCAUCAGGACAACUUUUCACCUGGGCAGGAAGUGUUCUACAGCUGUGAGCCUGGCUAUGACCUAAGAGGGGCUGCGUCUCUGCAUUGCACGCCCCAGGGAGAAUGGAGCCCUGAAGCCCCCACAUGUACAGUGAAAUCCUGUGAUGACUUCCUGGGCCAACUCCCUCAUGGCCGUGUGCUGUUUCCACUCAAUCUCCAGCCUGGGGCAAAGGUGUCCUUUGUUUGCGAUGAAGGGUUCCGAUUAAAAGGCAGGUCUGCUAGUCAUUGUGUCUUGGCUGGAAUGAAAGCCCUUUGGAAUAGCAGUGUUCCAGUGUGUGAACAAAUUUUUUGCCCAAAUCCUCCAGCUAUCCUUAAUGGGAGACACACAGGAACUCCCCUUGGAGAUAUUCCCUAUGGAAAAGAAAUAUCUUACACAUGCGACCCCCACCCAGACAGAGGGAUGACCUUCGACCUCAUUGGGGAGAGCACCAUCCGCUGCACAAGUGACCCUCAAGGGAAUGGGGUUUGGAGCAGCCCUGCCCCUCGCUGUGAACUUUCUGUUCCUGCUGCCUGCCCACAUCCACCCAAGAUCCAAAACGGGCAUUACAUUGGAGGACACGUAUCUCUAUAUCUUCCUGGGAUGACAAUCAGCUACAUUUGUGACCCCGGCUACCUGUUAGUGGGAAAGGGCAUCAUUUUCUGUACAGACCAGGGAAUCUGGAGCCAACUGGAUCAUUACUGCAAAGAGGUAAAUUGUAGCUUCCCACAGUUUAUGAAUGGAAUCUCAAAAGAGUUAGAAAUGAAAAAAGUGUAUCACUAUGGAGAUUACGUGACUUUGGAGUGUGAAGAUGGGUAUGCGCUGGAAGGCAGUCCCUGGAGCCAGUGCCAGGAGGAUGACAGAUGGGACCCUCCUCUGGCCAUAUGUACCUCUCGUGCACGUGAUGCUCUAAUAGUUGGCACUUUAUCUGGUAUGAUCUUUAUUUUAUUCAUCAUUUUCCUCCCUUGCAUAAUUCUAAAGUACAGAAAAGGCAAUAAUGCACAUGAAAAACCUAAAGAAGUGGCUAUCCAUAUACAUUCUCAAGGAGGCAGCAGCGUUCAUCCCCAAACUCUGCAAACAAAUGAAGAAAAUAGCAGAUGGGCAUUUGUAUACACUGGGGGAUACAUGGUUAAUGCUAAUGUACCAAUGGGAUAUAAAAAUCGGCUCUGGACUCGCCCUUUCUCCUCGAAGGCCAACGAGUUGCCCCUGCGCGCCGAGGCCCCGCCCCGCGGCCCGCCGAUUGGCUCCAGCCGCCCCGGCGCCAAGACUCAAUUCCACCCCAAGCGCCCAGGCCACGCCCCCCUGUCAAGCGCCCUGGAAACUUCGACCUGGGGUCGGGUUCGCGCGUCCGCGGCGAGGCUGGAGCUCUGCUCAGUCAGUCCGGCAGGAGGCGCGGGGCGGGACUCACUGCACGUCGUGCGGGCUUGGGAUGGAGAGCGAGGCCAGGGUUCUCCGAGGGGUGCACUGCUCAGAUCCCGGGGAUAUGUGACGGGGAAUGCAGGAACCACGCAGAGUCCGAGUUAUUACUUAAGUGGUAAAGAAAUUCUAUAUUGUGAACUUAAAGGAUCAGUAGCAGUUUGGAGCAGUAAGUCCCCAAAAUGUGAAAAGGUUUUGUGUACACCACCUCCAAAAAUAAAAAAUGGAAAACACACCUUUAGUGAAGUAGAAGUGUUUGAGUAUCUUGAUGCAGUAACUUACAGUUGUGAUCCUGCACCUGGACCAGAUCCAUUUUCACUUAUUGGAGAGAGCACGAUUUAUUGUGGUAACAAUUCAAAGCUCCAGCUUUACCACUUGUUGGUGGAGCCCAACCACUGCCACAGGGUCCUCAUCGCCAACACGCCUGGCAGAUCCAAGAAGAGAUGGCCCAGCAUGGGAUGUGGUAAACAGCGGCACCCGAGAGUGCAGGGUGCGUGUGGCUCCACUGCCUGGUUUCUGCAGAGAUCCUAUGCCGCUGCUCUGUGCCCACCACACAGGAACCAGAGAGGGAGCGCCAUGUCCCCCGCUUUGGAGAUUGCUGCACGAAAGGGCCAGGUAUCAGACCUUUGCUCUGUCACCUCAGCACUGGCACCAGGAGCCCCACAGAGCAGCAUUUGGGAGACGGACAGCCCGGGGGAAAAUAGAGGAAGCUUUCAGAAGUGGCUAGAUGAGAUAUUUGAAAUACUGAAGACUAAAAACCCCAGCUUCAUGGAAGAGCUGGCCUCAGAUGUGAUCAGUUCUUACGAUGACAUAGACACACAAGGAAUAGUCAAACAGGGUGUUUGGAGGCGAGCUGCCAUCAUCCACCGCCUUUGUCUGGAAGCGCAGAGCCUCGCACGCGCGAUCCAUCGGAAGUCCAAGCAUUGUCAAGAUCUACUGCUUCACCUGGGUCCUCAAGAUCAAUGCAAUGCCCCGGAACGGCUUCCAUUUGCCAGGCUUACCAAUCUAACUGAUGCAUCUGAGUUUCCCAUUGGGACACAUCUGAAGUAUGAAUGCCGCCCUGGUUAUUAUGGAAGACCAUUUUCUAUCAUCUGCCUAAAAAACUCAGUCUGGACAAGUGCUAAGGACAAGUGCACACGUAAAUCAUGUCAUAAUCCUAAAGAUCCUGUGAAUGGCAUGGUGCAUGUGAUCAAAGACAUCCAGUUCGAAUCCCAAAUUAAUUAUUCUUGUAAUAAAGGACACCGACUCAUUGGUUCCUCUUCGGCCACAUGCAUCGUCUCAGGCGAUACUGUCAUUUGGGAUAAUGAAACACCUGUUUGUGAGAUAAUUCCUUGUGGGCUACCCCCCACCAUCGCCAAUGGAGAUUUCUUUAGCACCAGCAGAGAGUAUUUUCACUACGGAUCUGUGGUGACCUACCGCUGCAAUCUUGGAAGCAGAGGGAGAAAGUUGUUUGAGCUUGUGGGUGAGCCUUCCAUACACUGCACCAGCAAAGAUGAUCAAGUGGGCAUCUGGAGCGGCCCGGCCCCUCAGUGCAUUAUACCUAACAAAUGCACGCCUCCAAAUGUGGAAAAUGGAAUAUUGGUGUCUGUCAACAGAAGCUUAUUUUCCUUAAAUGAAUUUGUGGAGUUUAGGUGUCAGCCUGGCUUUGUCAUGAAAGGACCCCACCGUGUGCAAUGCCAGGCCCUGAACAAAUGGGAGCCAGAGUUACCAAGCUGCUCCAGGGUAUGUCAGCCGCCUCCGGAUGUCCUGCAUGGUGAGCGUACCCAAAGGGACAAGGACAACUUUUGGCCUGGGCAGGAAGUGUUCUACAGCUGUGAGCCUGGCUAUGACCUCAGAGGGGCUGCGUCUCUGCGCUGCACACCCCAGGGAGACUGGAGCCCUGCAGCCCCCAGAUGUGAAGUGAAAUCCUGUGAUGACUUCCUGGGCCAACUUCUUAAUGGCCGUGUGCUAUUUCCACUUAAUCUCCAGCUUGGAGCAAAAGUGGAUUUUGUUUGUGAUGAAGGAUUUCGAUUAAAAGGCAGCUCUGCUAGUUAUUGUGUCUUGGCUGGAAUGGAAAGCCUUUGGAAUAGCAGUGUUCCCGUAUGUGAACAAAUCUUUUGUCCAACUCCUCCAGUUAUUCCUGAUGGGAGACACACAGGAAAACCUCUGGAAGUCUUUCCCUUUGGAAAGGCUGUGACUUACACAUGCGACCCCCACCCAGACAGAGGGAUGACCUUCGAUCUCAUUGGGGAGAGCACCAUCCACUGCACAAGUGACCCUCAAGGGAAUGGGGUUUGGAGCAGCCCCGCCCCUCGCUGUGGAAUUCUGGGUAACUGUAAAGCCCCAGAUCAUUUUCCAUUUGCUAAGUUGAAAACCCAAACCAAUGCAUCUGACUUUCCCAUUGGGACAUCUUUAAAGUAUGAGUGCCAUCCUGAGUACUACGGGAAUCCAUUCUCUAUCACAUGUCUAGAUAACCUGGUGUGGUCAAGUCCCAAAGAUGUCUGUAAACGUAAAUCAUGUAAAACUCCUCCAGAUCCACUGAAUGGCAUGGUGCAUGUGAUCACAGACAUCCAGGUUGGAUCCAGAAUCAACUAUUCUUGUACUACAGGGCACCGACUCAUUGGUCACUCAUCUGCUGAAUGUGUCAUCUCAGGCAAUACUGCCCAUUGGAGCACGAAGCCGCCAAUUUGUCAACGAAUUACUUGUGGGCCACCCCCCAACAUCACCAAUGGAGAUUUCUUCAGCACUAACAGAGAGUAUUUUCAAUAUGGAUCUGUGGUGACCUACCACUGCAAUCUUGGAAGCAGAGGGAGAAAGCUGUUUGAGCUUGUGGGUGAGCCCUCCAUAUACUGCACCAGCAAAGAUGACCAAGUGGGCAUCUGGAGCGGCCCGGCCCCUCAGUGCAUUAUACCUAACAGAUGCACGCCUCCAAAUGUGGAAAAUGGAAUAUUGGUAUCUGUCAACAGAAGCUUAUUUUCCUUAAAUGAAGUUGUGGAGUUUAGGUGUCAGCCUGGCUUUGUCAUGAAAGGACCCCGCCGUGUGCAAUGCCAGGCCCUGAACAAAUGGGAGCCAGAGUUACCAAGCUGCUCCAGGGUGUGUCAGCCGCCUCCAGAAAUCCUGCAUGGUGAGCAUAAUCCAAGCCAUCAGGACAACUUUUCACCUGGGCAGGAAGUGUUCUACAGCUGUGAGCACGGCUAUGACCUCAGAGGGGCUGCGUCUCUGCACUGCAUGCCCCAGGGAGACUGGAGCCCUGAAGUCCCCAGAUGUCUAGUGAAAUCCUGUGAUGACUUCCUUGGCCAACUCCCUCAUGGCCGUGUGCUGUUUCCACUCAAUCUCCAGCUUGGAGCAAAGGUGUCCUUUGUUUGCGAUGAAGGGUUCCGAUUAAAAGGCAGGUCUGCUAGUCAUUGUGUCUUGGCUGGAAUGAAAGCCCUUUGGAAUAGCAGUGUUCCAGUGUGUGAACAAAUCUUUUGCCCAAAUCCUCCAGCUAUCCUUAAUGGGAGACACACAGGAGCUCCCCUUGGAGAUAUUCCCUAUGGAAAAGAAAUAUCUUACACAUGUGACCCCCAUCCAGACAGAGGGAUGACCUUCGACCUCAUUGGGGAGAACACCAUCCGCUGCACAAGUGACCCUCAAGGGAAUGGGGUUUGGAGCAGCCCCGCCCCUCGCUGUGAACUUUCUGUUCCUGCUGGUGCAAAUGACGCUCUUAUAGUUGGCACUUUAUCUGGUAUGAUCUUCGUUAUUUUAUUCAUCAUUUUCCUCUCUUGGAUAAUUCUAAAGUACAGAAAAGGGUAAGGUGUCCUUCCUUGACAAAGUACUAUACAGCUGAAGAACAUCUCAAAUACAAUUUUGGUUGGAAAGGAGCCAAUCGAUUUCAACAGAAUCAAAUCUGGGCUUCAUAAAGUCUUUGAAGUGACUUCACAGCGAUGCAGACAUGUGCACUUGAAGAUGCUACUGCUUCCCCAGUACCUAGCAAAGUUCGUCCCUGUUUGUGCGCAUCACUGUGAAACCCCCACCCUUCUGCCUCCUGCUAAACGCACACAGUAUCUAGUCAGGGGAAAAGACUGCAUUUAGGAGAUAGAUAAUGGUUUGGAUUACUUAAAGAAAUAAGGUGUUGCCUGGAAUUGCUGGUUUAUAAGUU